AUUUCAAGAGUCGCGAGAAGAUGCAGUCACGAGUCGUGGACGAGCUCGUCGCGUCCGAAGCGUCGUACCUCACGCACUUGAGCCCCCUCAUCGACGCGCUCGCCGUGCCGCUCGAGCGCGCCGUGCCGCUGGAAGCACGACGCGGCAACGACGUGCUCACAUGCCUCAGUGCCCACGGUCUCCUCGGCCAGCUACGCGAUCUGCAUGUCAUCUUCCUCGACGAACUGCGUGGCGUAUCAGCGCCGGUCGUCGACGUCGCCUCGCUCGGCCGCCUCGUCGCACUCUUUGCCAAGGUGCUCCGACCCGUGCACACGGCGUACGCUGGCAUAUACGACGACGUGACCUGUGCGCUCGCUGGUCUGCGCAAGCACAGUGCCGUGGCGGCCGUACUCGCUGCGUUUGAAGCGUCGCAGAAGGAGCCCGUCGCCAACAUGCUCAUCCUUCCGAUCCAGCGGCUGCCUCGGUACGUGCUCUUACUGCGCGAGCUCGAGAAGCAGCUGUCGCACCAAGAGAUCGAGGCUGCCAAGGUCGCCAUGGAAGCGACAGCGUCGUCGGUCAAUAUCUCGCUGCAAGCGCGGGCGAACGCGCAAAAGAUCGCGAAGCUCCAGCCGCUCUUCCCGAGCCUCGACCUCUCGCAGAAAACGUGGCUACGCGACGGCAAGCUGAGCAAGACGACCAUCAACUCGCGCUCGGGGCCGCGCGAGUACCUCUUCCACCUCUUUGCCGAGAUGCUCAUCUACUCGGACAUGGCCACGCACGGACCGCUGCGCGUGCGGCGCGUCUUGGCCAUCGAUGAUAUCGAGGUCGCGCUCUCGCCGGACGAGCGCAGCAUUGCGCUUGUGACGCCGACCAAGUGCAUGGCCUUGGCGGCCGACACGAGCGUGCUCACGGCGGCGUGGUGGAAGCACCUCUCGUUCGCUGCGGCCGCGCGCGACGACGAGCCUGUCAUGUUACGUGGUCUCCUCGACGCGCCAAAGGACGUUUUGGAUACCGUGAGUGCCGCGGUACACGUUCGCCGCGUGUGGCUGCAGCGCGACCGCGCGUGGCGACUCGGGAUCCUCGCGGUCUGUGCCGACACGAUCGUGCUUGCGCAAACGGUGUCGCGCGACCGGCACAAGCUGAUUGCGCACGCCCCGGCGCGUCACCUCCAGCGCGUUGAGGAACUCCCCAAUGGACCGCCUGACGCGUUUAGCGUCACACUCGACGACAAGUCGCAGUGGGUGCUCGUCGGCAAGGCGCAACAACUGGUCGACGAGCUGCGCCUCGCAUAUGCCGCCAAAGCCAAAGCCACCAAAGACGGACAAGGACCGCCAGCGACAGCGACCCUGAUGCCCGAUGUACUGAAGGAGCUGCAGAGCCGGCUGCUCUCGGCGCGGCCGCCGCCACCGUCGUACGCGCCGCCUGCGUGUCCCGCGCAAUCGUACCCGCCGCCGAUUCCGACCCACCGUCGAAAGACCAGCGCAGUGUGUGUCUAG